UGCGUGCGUGGGUGGGUGGGUGUCUGUCUGGCCAGUGUCGACCGCCAACACUCGUGCACACGGGAUUUCUCCCGUUGUGUGUACCGCGUGUGUGAAUGCGAGCCGUCGUCGCGAUCGCACUGAUACCGAUCGCGCCGCCCGACCUGGUGUCGGCACACCCGGAGUAACCCCCCGGCGUCGAUCGCCCGCUGCACGCGCACGUUGUAUUCCCUGAGUGGAAGAAAAAAAAUGAGAUAUGUCGCCCCUCCGUCUGGAGCGUUUGAUGCUGCUACCCGCGCGCUUCUGACUCCACUGGGACGAUGACACCGCGACCGAGCCAGCGACAGAUCUACCUGGAGAACGGUCACGCACUUCUGCCUUCUGUGUGCCUCGUCAAGAAAUAAACGGGCACGACCGAGCCAAACCUGUGUGUCUGUCAGCCAUCAUGAUCGCCCGCGAGUCAUGACUUCUGUGCUCCACAAUUUCUGACGUCCCGCCCAAGUGGCAUGAGUUUGCUCCGCUUGUCCACGUGACACACGUGCCUCAGACUUUUUGUAAAUUGUCAGGUUCUCGUUUUGUUGUCGUUGUAGGACAGAGAAAGGAGAUUUCCGGGGUAUACGAGGAUGUUCCUCGACACACUGAGUCCAAACGCUGCGACGUUUCAAGUGUAACUAUCUGAGAGAAAGUCAACAAGUUCUGUUAUCCUGUUGCGUCACACGUUGGAAAGUCCAAGUAUGAGAGGUCCAGCGGAGGAAAAUGGAUACCGGUAAAGUAUCAGCAUGCGCGAAAAGUCAGCAGAAUGUCAUGCUCACGCAGGUCACGUGAGGGGCACGACAGAGAUGUGCUCGCGUGAUCCACCUACAUUGCACCCGACCCUCGCCAAGGCAAAUGGUAAAAAUUCAAGUCCCCAGCCAGCUCAUCAUACCGAGGCACAACGCAUCGACAGCAAUCUGCUGCCAACUCCCGGAGGUCGCUUGAAAUUCUUCAAAGAUGGAAAGUUCAUUCUGGAACUGUCUCAUCGCAGGGACGGAGAAAAGACUACGUGGUUUCCCGUGCCAAAGAAAACCUUUUGGCCACCCGCUAGCACCAUCCCGAAUCGGCAGGAGAGCUCUACUUCCCUCAGUGUUUCCGAUGACAAUUCGUCGGUCCAAUCCAGUCCUUGGCAGAGAGAUCACUGCUGGAAGCAGACCCAUCCCCGACGCAGGAUAACCACGGAAUUUAAUUUUUAUUAUCGUCGAAAUCCGAAGACUCGUUUGUGCGCGCAUCUUCGCUUAAUAGCGAGGAAACGCAGACGCCCGUUAGAUUCCACGACUGUGGUCUCAGUUCCGGAAUCAACGGCUAAUUCGACGAGAUUGUCACGGAAAUUGAAUGGUACGUCGUCGUCGGGCAAGGUUCUUAGUCUGAUCAUCGAUAAAUUGGCGCGCCUGCUGGAUCCUAACGUCGUGUCACCUCGCAAACGUAUACUGCGAGAGCUGGAGAGAGUCUCGCUGGAAGAUCAGGCGUCCAAGAGACGGGCCACUCCACAGCCAGUUUGCACAACGAGUGCGCCGCCGACUCCCUCUUCGAAGCAAGUGUCAUCAUACAGUAUAACGAGUAUCCUGGGGGAGGACAAGCCAAGUCCCGAGCCGGGUUUCUUGAGGACACUGUUGAAGCCGGACGACCGGCAGCCUGUGAAAUACUCAUCGACUAACGCCUAUCCAAGGGUACGAAUCGAUCCCUACAUUGGAUCCAGCAAUACAUCCGUUCAUCAUCCGCUCUACGGGAUACCGAUGUUGCCACCUGGACCGUACAGAGCGGCGCCUUUAUGGAUGGCUCCUCAUUAUCCGUCUCCCGUCCACUAUCCGCCUCCUAUGCAAUUAUACGCAUCGCCGCAUUCUCAUCCGUUGUCCCCACAUUACAAAGACUACAGGGAACAAACUCUCACACCUCCUUCAGAUAUGCCUCUGAAUCUGUCGAAGCAUGCGGGUUGAAUCUCAGGAUCCCAAUAGAGUUGGUGCCUUACGAGUGGACAAAACACUACGCAAACACUGCCCGUGCAACGACAAUGCGAUAUAUAUUAGUAUUUUUUUAUUCAUAAAACAAUAGUAUCUUAGUAAGUAGAGAAAGAGAGAGCGAGA